AGCGCCGCUCAGCUACCGACUGACGGCGGGAAAUCGCCACCGAUCUGCUGCGUGGGCCCUGUCUGCGCUCCGAGGAGGCUGCGAUCUGUGUGCAGCCAUGGCCGCCGCCUCGUCGGCGGUCACCUUGCCGACGGUCGUGGAGGCGCUGCUGCGCGAGAUGGCGGCGGCGGUGCAGGAGAGCGCGCGAAUUCCUGAUGAGUAUCUAUUAUCGCUGAAAUUUAUCUUUGGCUCAUCAGCAAUCCAAGCCUUGGACCUAGUUGAUCGAAAGGCCAUCACCUUAAUCUCUUCACCCAGCGGGAGGAAUGUUUACCAGGUACUUGGAAGUUCUGGUAAAACAUACACAUGUUUGGCUUCUUGUCAUUACUGUUCAUGUCCUGCAUUUGCCUUCUCAGUGCUACAGAAGAGUGACAGCCUACUGUGCAAGCAUCUCUUGGCAGUUUAUCUUAGUCAAGUUAUGCAGACCUGUCAACAGCUAAGUGUCUCUGACAAGCAACUGACUGACAUAUUAUUGAUGGAGAAGAAACAAGAAGCAUGAACAUCAUAUUUUAAAACAAGUUCCAUCAAGAAAUGCAUUUAACCAGCAAUGGCUCACAUGGGAGAAGGGUGAAACAGGUCUUUGAGAGACUUCUUGUUACUGUCCCUUUUCCCUGCUGAACUGCAGAAGGAACUGUAUCUUGGAACCAGGAUGUGUAGGGUUUAAAGCCCUAUAUGUCUCCUCCUGAAAAAUCUGAACCAACCUCUGUGCUCCUUGGGUAAACACUUUCCUUAAUAGAAUCAAACAUUUUAGACCCAAUCAAAGUCUAGAAUCGUGUCGUAUGCACAAUUAGUUAGGUUCUUAAGUACUCAAGUGACUACCAGUUUUUAAGAAGUUGGAAUGAUAGAUAAAACUGAGAUAAAAUUUAGAUCAGUAAGUGUAGUUCUUUUCCCUGGGUCCAUAAAAUUAUUCUAGCAGUAAGAGAUGAGAACACAGAUGUUACUAAAAGCAGCAAGUAUAAAAAGACUUAGGGUUUGUGGUUUCAGUAAGCUUCAGAUAUCUGUGGUAUUGGCGCCAAAAUAGUUCAAGUAUGCUGUAUUUUUAGAAAAGCAGUAUCUAGAACAAGGGAAGUACUGGUUUUGUUCUACAUGUAUUUCUGAGCUUUAUAACAAGCCAAAUGAAGAGACAGACAAAAAAAUCAUGUCCUAGAAGGAAACUAAGGCUACUAUUAGGGAUUUCUAGUCUGAAGAAGAAAAGGAAAAAGAUAUCAGGAGGAGUUAGAAGCAAGAUAAAGUGUUCUCAGUUGUACCCCAAGAGAGAUCAAAGGAGCAAUGAUAGAUGAAAAUGAGAUAGAUUUCAGCACAGACAAGAACCUCUUAAUAGGUGAAGCUGUCCAUAGCCACAAUAAGAUCUUACAAGGAUAAAAUUCCCUGUCUCUGUACGACUUUCUUAAACGUGCAGCGUCCUUGCUGGGAUAUUGCAGAAGAAACUGAAGCAAUGAGCACACAUAUGAAACAAGUGAUUUUACAGCCCAAGAAGUCUCCAACCCUGUGCUCCAGAAAUAUGAGGUGCAAGUAAGAGCUGUGUGAAAAGGCCACAGAUAUUGCAAUGUUCUGUGGUUGGCAAAUAAAAUUUAUCAAGAUUUCUCUACUACUUGGGAAACCUGGACUUUAUUUCACCUAAUAUGUGUAUACAGUUACAUAAUUUUACUUAGUAAAAAUUUCACUUUGGUUUCCAGCAACUUGGCCAAACUUGAGUUUGAGAGAAAAGUAGAAAAAUUCACCACCUAACUCUAACAGGAGGAACGGGAAAAGGAAUCUUCUAGAGAAGGGGUCUUGUUUCUCAAGUUUUUUCUUCCCAUUAUCUGAUGAUAUUUCACUUAAGAACUUUGAGUCAUUUCUCUGUAUAAAAACAACAAGUUUCUUGAUUGAAGAAGUAUACUUUUAAUUUUCCUUGUCACCUUUAUAGGAACAGCCAUAUAUAUUUAGUAUGUUCAACUUUUAUUUUUCCAUUGCUUCUAAGUUAAAAAUAUUUGUAUAAUAAUAGUUCACAGUGUUUCACAGUAAAA